AUGAUUCCAAUGUUACCAAUAUGUGAUUCACGUGCAAGACUUGUACCUUGCAAUCCAGGAAUGGGAGGUGUUGCGCCUGCUAUGAUACCAAUGAUGCCAAUGACAGGAGCGCCUGCAUUAUGUCCAAUGAAUAAUGCAAAUAUGUUUUCAAUAACAUCUCUUAUGAGUGAAUUUGAUUCCCAUUUGUAUGGUCGAUUUCGACAUGUUGAACGAGAGAAUCCACGUUAUCGUCAUGCACCGUUUGAUUGGUAUCGACCACCUAAACAGUGUUAUAAUGUUAUUCAUGAAGAUGCAGCUGUUGUUACACAUGAUGGUCCUGUACCUAUUGGUGAUUUUUAUCGUUAUUAUAUUUAUGGUGAUGAUACUGAUGAUGAUGAUGAUGAUUAUGAUGAUAAUUCAUCUUCGUUGGCAUCAGAUGAAUAUGGUGAUCUAGUUGAAUCAUCAUAUGAACCAAGAGCUAGAGGAUAUCGACGAGAUCCUCGAAGAGAUCCUGAUUUAGAUGAUGACUAUGUUAAUACUAGGCGACAAUUAAAUCGACCACCAAUGGGUGCAGGUAAUUAUACAACACUUAAUCCUAAUCGUCGAACAAUUAAUCCAGCAAGUACGACUCGACAACCCAAUUUCCAAGGAACUCGAGCAUUAGCUGGUGAUGAUGACUUUGAUGAUGCAGCUUCAGUGAAUAGUACAUAUGGAAACUGA